AUGAGGAAUGUGAUGACGGAAACUUAAUUUAAUAUGAUGGAUGCUAUGAAUGCAUGUAUCAAUGUAUUGAAGGCUGCAAUAUAUGUGACAAAGGAAACUGCUUAUUAAAAUGUGAAUUUGGGUUUUCUUUUGAUGGCGAGAAAUGCUUAUCUAUUUGUGGAGAUUCUUAUAUUACAGAUGCAGAAGAAUGUGAUGACGGCAACUCAAUUUAAUUUGAUGGAUGCUAUGAAUGCAAGUAUUAAUGUAUUGAAGGCUGCAAUAUAUGUGACAAAGGAAACUGCUUAUUAAAAUGUGAAUUUGGGUUUUCUUUUGAUGGCGAGAAAUGCUUAUCUAUUUGUGGAGAUUCUUAUAUUACAGAUUUAGAAGAAUGUGAUGAUGGCAACCAACUUAAAAAUGAUGGAUGUUAUAAUUGCAUGAU